GGGGAUGUCGCCGGUGGCGCUGGGAGCGGCUGCGGAGGCGGCGGUGAAGAAGAUGUUCACGGCCGCUGUAUCCGACGUGACCGUCGCUCGCGAAUCCGCGGCGCAACGAGCCGCUCGAGACCAGCAGUUCCCGGGGUUGCAAACAGCAGCAGCGGCGCCGCCCCCGUCGCCGCAGCCAGGGGGGCCUGGGGUGCGUGCCCCCCGCAUCAGUGGCGGCGGCGGCGGAGGAGGAGCCGCAUCGCCCGGACCAAACGCGGCAGGAGGCAGCAGCAGCAACUACAACAAAAGCGAUGUCAAUGCGGGCGGUAGCAUCGCUUCUGCUGCUGCUGUGGCGGGCGGUGGUUCUGCGCUCAAGAGCAAUAGCGGCGCUGCUGCUGCUAGCGGCAAAGCAGCACCGCAGCCGGUGCAGCCACGCGCCUCCACAUCCUCCACCGGCUUGGACCCGGGACGUCAGCAGACGGCUUCCUUGGAGCCAGCCUUAUCAGAAGAAGGCGAGGAAGAUGGCGCGGAUCGGGAGCAGGAGAAGCAGGAGCAAGAGGCGGGUGGUCAGCGGCCUGCGGGCUCCUCUGCAAAGGCCACCCCAGGCGGCCGCGAGGGGGGCGGCCACAGCAGCAGCAGCAGCCCGGUGGAUGUGCCUGCGCCGGAGCCCGGGCCCUCCUCCGCUCCGCAGGAGCAGCAGGGGGGGGAGGGGGAGCCGCCCCUGGGCAGCUCUCCCAGUGGGGGCGGGGGCGGCUCCACAGCAGCAGCAGCCGCUGGCAGCAGCCGUCUGAACACGCCGGGCAGCCAGGGGGAGUUCUACACCUACCAGGCGGUGGACGGCAGCUGGCUGUUCUUGCACCCACUCAACCUGAGGUGUCUGCUGCACCACUACGGCUCCUACGACGCCUGUCCGCCCGUCAUCUCCGCACGACUGCUGGAGUUGGAGGACGUCGUACAGGGGGAGGCCACCCGCCGCCGCUGGCGCUUCCUAUCGCACCUGCCCCUCACCGGCGCCUUCAAGCUGUGUGAGCUAGCCAUAGGCGAGCUGCUGCCGGCGGAGGCGUUGGCGCCGUUUGCGGAGGAGCUGGCGGCGCGGGAGAAGCGCCGCCGCCGCCAGCGGGCUGACGAGCGACGGCAGGCGGCGGCGGAGGCGGCGGCGGCGGCGCGCGCGGCGGCGGCUCGGCUGGGACCGAGUGCGGAGGAGCUGCAGGCGAUGCCGUCGCUGAGUCAGGCGCUGGCGGGGGCCUGCAGCGGCGGACUGGGAGGAGGAGGCGGUACGGCGGUUGGCAGUGUGGUGGCGGCGGCGGGCGCGACGACGGCGGCGUUGGCGCGGGAGGUUCAGUUGACGGCAUCGGAGGUGGCGGAGAGCAUUGCCAUUCAGGCGUCACUGGAGGAGGCGGCGGCGGCGGCGGCAGCAGGCGGCCAGGGUGGUGGUGGUGGCGGCGCUGGAGUGUCCUUUGCGCGGAUCACCAAGAUGGGGUUCGCGGCGACGGGUCCCGCGCUGGGGAGCAGUCCGCCGCCGCUGGGCGCGUCGGCGGCGCCGUCGGGGGCCUGGGGCGUGAAGGCCGCAGUUGGAGGCGCCGCCAGCGUCUUGGGAGGAGCCGGCGGCGGUGGCGGUGGUGGCGGCGGCGGAGGAGGAGCUGCUGCCGGCCCGACCCCCAGUAGUCCCUGGGGUCUGGGCGGUGGCAGCGGCGGCUCCUUCCCCGCCUCCUCAGGAACUGGUGCGGCAGGUGUUUGGGGCGGUGGUAAGGGCGGUGCCGCGAUCAAGGCAGCUGUGGCGGCGGGCGGCGGUGGUGGCAAGGCGGCGGGUGGGGAGGGUGAGGCUUCGAAUGCGAGCGGCGGCGGCAAGAAGGGCAAGGCGGCCAAGGGCAUGCUGUUGUUUAGCACGGGCAAUGCGCGCAAGUUUUGAAAGGCGGCAGGGCAGGCAGGGAGCUGCUAGGUACAAGAUUGCUGAGCUGCUGAUCAAUGACUGGGGUUGUUAGACAACUUGAUAGGAUGGGGUGGGCCGCAGGAAUACAGGCAUACGCGGUAGCAGUGGGUUGUCUGGUUGUCUCAGCGCGACACACGAGGAUGAGUUACGUAGGUGUUGGGUUGCUGCUAGCUGUGGAGUCCAAUGUGCUGCCUGCUGUAGGGUUUAAUGCCGGGAGGCGCCACAUUCGCUUUGUGAUGCCCAUCAUAACACCACAGUCAAGUAGUGAUGACAGGAACAGCGGCAGGAACAGCGCCGUUUAGCCCCUAUUGGCCAGCUGUUGGUGUGCUCGUGCGGGAUGUUGCAGUUUGGCUCUGUAGCGCCUGGACGUCCUGUUUACGGUUGCACGAAUGGAUGACGUCAUCGCACUUACCAGUACUAGACGUGAAACCGUGUAGGGAGCGGUGUAGGGGAUUAGAUAAACUGAGCCGGUGUAGGGGAGGAACGCGCGGAAAAGCAAAAGCCGUCGUUAGCAUGUCGGUGCUAGCUCGUGUGAUGUGGGCCGGGCCCCUAGUGGCUCUAGCCCCCGAGAUGUGGGGGGCUGUUGCUGUUGAACACUUGACCAUUCCCACUAGAGGUGCCCUGCAGGGGCGCAGGGUACCCAAGAUACGGUUCACGGACUGGGCGCGCGGUGUGAGUCUUUGCAUGUUGCGCCUUGGCACAGCUGCAUUCUUGAUUGUUGGCGGUUUGCAACUUGUUGCUAACCGGUACCAUAGGUAAGUGUACUCCCUCCCUCUGGUUACACAGCUCGGACGUGUUGUGGUGCCAGGCAGCCCUGAAGGUCGCCGGUUCCUUCCUGUGGCUUGAGCAUACACCGGUACAUCUACGGCUCAACUAAAGACGAUCCUCCA